GCCACGUUGGUCACCGGGCCCGGGGGCUCCGCUGGCGGGCAGCCGCCCUGCUGGUUCCCAGCCCCCGGCCCGUCCUCCCGGCCCCACCCCGGGGCCCUCCCCGCCGCUCGGUGCCCCUAUCCGGCCCGUGGGCGGGCCCUGGGCCGCUAUAAGAGCGGCGGCGGCCGGCGGGCCCGGCGCUCUCCUCCUGAUGUCGCGGCUGCCCCCGCUGCUCCUGGCGGCCGGCUGGGCGCUGCUGGCCGCCGGCUGGCCCGGGUCCGAAGCCGAGGCGGAGCCGGAGGCCGGGCUCCCCGUCCGCUGCCCGCCCUGCACGGCCGAGCGGCGCGCCCGCUGCCCGGUGCCGCAGGGCUGCGAGGAGCUGGUGCGGGAGCCGGGCUGCGGCUGCUGCGGGACCUGCGCCCUGGCCAAGGGCCGCCUGUGCGGCGUCUACACCGCCCGCUGCGGCUCCGGCCUCCGCUGCUACCCCCGGCGCGGCUGCCCCCGCCCGCUCCACUCGCUCAUGCGGGGCCGCGGCGUCUGCAUGGAGGCGGCCGAGGUGGAGCUGCUGCGGGGCUCCGUGCCCGCCACAGAAGCUGAGGAUUACUGGGAGUUGGAGCAGACAGACGGUCCUCACAUUCCUUGCCACACCUAUGACAAGAAGUGCAUCUCCAAACACCUGGCCCGAAUUCGUGAGAAAACGCACAAUAAUGGGAAGUCAAAGAGCGUCCACAAUCAUAUCCGUGACGAGCCGCGUAUAAAGGGUCCUUGCCAAGGAGAGCUACAGCGUGCACUCGAGAGGUUUGCCAAGUUGCUCAGACAGACACAUGAGAGUUUGUACCAUAUCCCCAUCCCUAACUGUGACAGGAAAGGAUUUUAUCACCCAAAGCAGUGUCGCCCUUCACUGGACGGGCAACGUGGCAAGUGCUGGUGCGUUGAUGCCAAGACAGGGGUGAAGCUCCUGGACUCCCCGGAGGUGAAGGGGGACAUCGACUGCAACCAUUUCCUCAAGGGGCAGGUGCAGGAUUGAGGGAACUGCAACCGGGGCUUCUCGGCCUUGAGCAACCUCAAUACCCCGCAAUCAAAUGCAAGUUAUUUUUGGUGCUGUCUUUGCAGAACGAAGGGGUGAAUCGGUCACGGUGCCUGAGAACACGGUGUGAGCAGGAACAGCCCAGUCAUGCCAGAGUUCCUCUUCCCUGGCUGUCUUUGUGACCACGUGACCUGUCUGCUUUUCCCCUCCAGCUGUUGUAAAAAGUCUUUGUUUCUCAGACCUUCAUAUCUGUCUCUCCUCACUUGUUCCUGUGGAUUUGCCUCACUCUGAGUUGUUCACUUAUUAAAGGAUCCUCACUUCUGCAAA